AUGGAGUCCUCUCCGUUGAAGAGCCGAGUUGGCUCUAUCUUGGGCGCAAAACGUCCUGCAGCUUUACUGCCUGCCUUCGAACCCAGCUCGUCGCCCUCCCUUCCUCGGCCUCAAAAGCGUGUAGCACGCGAACCAGAUGUCUCGACGUAUCCCACCCCGGUCCCGACCUCGUCAACCCAUAUUAUGUCCUCUUCGCCUCCUCCUGGUGUUGCUGCCUCCCGACCCUCCCUGCCACGGUCCUUCUCUGCCGCUCUCGAACGUGCCCCCUUGUCUGCUGUGCCCGCCAUAAUGUUGUUGGAGAAUGGGGAGCCUAUUCUGAUGGGAAGAUCCAGUGUCUCGUGCCAUCACCAACUCGCUGCUAGUCGAAUGAUCUCUCGUGUUCAUGUCAAGGCUACAUACAAGCCAGCUCCAAACCCUUUCGAUCGGGAUAGGGUUGAAAUCGUGUGCAUGGGAUGGAAUGGGAUAAAGAUUCACUGCCAAGGGAGGAAAUAUGACUUGGCUAAAGGAAAGACCUUUACCUCGGACAUCAAAGACGCAGAUAUCAUGAUCGAUGUCCAUGAGGCCCGUGUGCUGGUUCAAUGGCCUCGCAGCGAGCGAAGGGACUGCCCCUCUACAGACUCGGAACAGACCAGUGACGAAGCAACACCCACUCAGCGACGCCAAUCUCGACGAGAGCUGCAGGAAAGUCCGCUUCUGGACCGCCAGCGUCUGGCCUCUCCUGUCUCCCCUUCGCCUGCGGCUCAACAUGCUAUCCCCCCAUCCUCGCCAAUUUUCACACCUUCUCGUUCUCGCGCUCCAGUUGUGGUGUUUGAGGAUGAGCCCUCUCCAUUGAAGCGUCACAACACCGUCACUGGAGUGAUGUCCCAGAGUGCCCGUCGUGCUACUGCUAUGCUUCACACUUCACGGGCAAGUGAGUCGAGUGACCUUGGUAGAUCUGAAGAGUUCUCCGACAACGAUGAAGAGAAUGAUCCUAUCGUCCACUCCUUUGGACCAUUCGGAGAGAACCUUCUUCCUCGUAUGGCUUCUUUCCGGGCGGCCUGCUGCCCACUCAACCCCUCCAGCCUACCCGGUCCCCUAGACAGCCAGCCACCGUCCACGAGAACAGGGAAUCAGAGACCCCCCGAGGCCAAGCCCCAGUACACCGACGAACGGUCCGAGAGAGUCCGCAACCACGCUGCCAAUCAACUGGCCUUCUCUCGACUGUCAUCCACGCCUUUCUCAACCAUCUUGAACAAUCUCCCUCCCGCGUACUGGAAGUCCGGCCACGAGUACUCCACCGGCCUCUCCAGGUCUGAUAUCCGCAACAUUCUCGAAUCGACUAAGUUCAUUGGCAGAGUUGCCCGCGAAGGCAAGGACGCUGCUGGCAAACCACUUGAGAGUGAAUAUUACUACAUCCCUGAUGAGGAUGACGAUGCGAUGCGCCGAUCUGCUGUGGUGGAUGAUCUCCGUAAGCCUGGGUUGCGCAACUGUCGGAAGCAGCACAAGCAAUACUUCUGGCGCAAGCCCAAAUGA